CAAAGGUCAGAGAGCGGAGGGCGGUGGGUGGGACUAUAUAAAAGGAGUCGUGGUUACCUGAGUAAUCGUUGGAGCCACUGGGCCUCGCUCAGGUUUCAUCGGCGGAUUUUCGUCAGCGAGCUUACCUCAUUGGGCACUUUUGGAGGAAGGUAUCGCUGGGUUUUUUUCGCUGAAUUCUGAAGACUCAUUACUGAGGGUAGUUAGUGACACGGACGGUUCUGCUUGUCGAAUUUCAACGGUUGUGAACAAUCUGCAUCAUGAGUAAAAGAAAAUGUAAGAGGAAUAGUCUCUCUCUAGGUGAAUGCAUUGCCAAGGCUCACAUGAUAUUGAGAGCACGGUUCUGCCAUCACCUUCCUGGUAAACCAUUUGGAUUAGAAGCUCAAUAUAAAAAUUUGAUGGAUCUUCUGAAACAAACAGCUGUUCAGGGGGAGAGUAACUCUGUCCUCAUUGUUGGUCCCCGAGGAGUAGGAAAGACAAUGCUGCUGAAGAGUGUGUUGAAUGAACUUAUGGAAAUGAAAUAUGUUAAGGAGAAUCUUCUACAAGUCCACUUAAAUGGUUUAUUGCAAACAGAUGACAAGGUUGCACUGAAAGAAAUCACACGACAGCUCCAGCUUGAGAAUGUUGUUGGAGAUAAAGUUUUUGGGAGUUUUGCUGAAAAUCUUGCUUUCCUUCUUGAAGCUUUGAAAAAAGGAAACCGAAGUAACAGCAGGCCAGUGCUUUUUGUCUUGGAUGAAUUUGACCUCUUUGCACAUCACAAGAAUCAGACCUUACUUUAUAACCUCCUUGAUGUUGCUCAGUCUGCCCAGACACCUGUGGCUGUGUUGGGCCUGACUUGUCGAUUGGAUGUUUUGGAACUCCUGGAAAAGCGUGUGAAGUCAAGAUUUUCCCACAGGCAGAUUCAUUUGCUAAAUGCAUUUGGCUUCAAACAAUAUGUGGAAAUGUUCCAGCAACAACUUAUUUUACCAAAAGAAUUUCCUGAUGGCAGAUUUGCACAGGAAUGGAAUCAAAAUAUCCAGUGUCUGUGCAAGGAUAAGAUGGUGGAAGAUAUUUUACAGAAGCACUUCAAUUCCAGUAAGGAUUUCCGCUCUCUGCAUAUGCUACUGAUGUUGACGCUUAGUCAUGUGACUGUCUCCAACCCAAAUAUUCAACCAACAGACCUUCUAACAGCCAGCAAACAGUACAUGAUGGAUUCGAAAGCAAAUAUACUGCAUGGUCUGUCUGUGUUAGAAUUCUGCUUGAUCAUUGCCAUGAAGCACUUAAAUUCAAUUUAUGAAGGAGAGCCUUUUAACUUCGAAAUGGUUUACAAUGAAUUCCAGAAUUUCAUUCAAAGGACAACUCAUUCAAUGCAUAACUUCAAAAAACCGGUAGCCUUGAAGGCAUUUGAACAUCUGCAACAAUUAGAAUUAAUUAAACCAAUGGAUGGAGCAUCCUUCCGAACACAGAAAGAAUACCAGCUGGUGAAACUGCUUCUGGAUAGCAAUCAGAUAAUGAAUGCACUUCAGAAAUAUCCACAGUGCCCUACAGAUGUCCGGCUUUGGGCAGCAUCAUCUCUGGAUUAAACCACUGGAAAUCAGAACUCAUUAAUGAACUGAAAGAAUUUGAUAUUUUGGAGAAACAUCAGCAAUUAUAACAAGUGAUUUUCUUUUCAACUAGUUGAAAAUUGCAGGAAAGAUUUCUGUUGCUGGAAAGCAGGUAAUCAGGUAAAAUUCAGAGUUUGAGUUCUGAGAGAGGCAACAUUUCCCUUGUUUAAAAAUGUGCUUUUCUAAAGUUCUGAGCACAUGGGUUUGAAUACCAUCAUGGCAGGAUUUGUUUUUCCUAAAUAUUGAGUACAAUAAAAUAUGAGACAAAGUAACCAUUUUAAAAUACCUCAGCUGAUUCACUAAUGUCCUUUAGGAAAGGCGAUCUGCCAUCCUUAUCUGGCCUGGCCCACUUCUGACUCCAGACCCACAGCAAUGAGGUUGACUCUUAACUGUAAUUAGGGAUGAGCAAUCAUUGCUGGACCAGCCGCCAACAUCCACAUUUAGUGAAUGAAAACUAUUUUGAAAUUUUUCAGGAGGAGGAACAGUUCAUCUUUUGCCACUAAGCUGACAUGCAAUUAUUGCAAAAAUAGAUUUUAAACAUUUUUACAUUUAAAUACUUAAAAAUGUAUUUGUCUUUCACUUUUUUUCAUAAAUAACAAGCUUAAAAUUUGUAAUAAUAGCAAAAUUAGAUUGGUGGCUUUGAAAAUGACUAUUAGUGGCUUUACUAUUCUCAUUAUCGAGAGAACACCUGCCACUAUGUAUUUAAAGGUAUUAAAAAUAUGAACAUUUAGAUGUGAAUUUGCUCGCUGAGCUGGAAGGUUAGUUUUCAGACGUUUCGUCACCAUUCUAGCUAACAUCAUCAGUGCGCCUCCGACGAAGUGCUGGUGUUAUGUCCUGCUUUCUAUUUAUCUGGUUAGGUUUCCUUGGGUUGGUGAUGUCACUUCCUGUUCUUUUUCUCAGGAGAUGGUAGAUUGAUUAGGAGCCAAUGUGUUUGUUGAUGGAGUUCCGGUUGGAAUCCCAUGCUUCUAGGAAUUCUCGUGCGUGUCUCUGUUUGGCUUGUCCUAGGAUGGAUGUGUUGUCCCAAUCAAAGUGGUGUCCAUUUUAUGAACAUUUUAAGAUGGCACAUUUGCUCUUUUUGUAAGGGGUUAUGACUGCUGAAAAUUUUCCAAAAAGGUGCCCCAAGUUUCUGCCAUUUGGUAAUUGCCAUUUAGUUUGGAUUAAUGCUGCUGUUGUUUGAUUGUUUAGUACAAAAGCAUCAGGAAGGUUCCUAGAAGCUUUGGUUUCAGAUUCAUUUAUGGUAAGAGUUCUAACAGAAAAUAAAGUUUAGUCUUCUACAUUCGGAUUUCUUUUUGUUUAGUUCUGCCCUGUUGCUACUUUGUACCAGCUUUGCCAAAUAAGAUUUUAUAAGUUGUGACAUGUCCAUGUAUAUGCUGUCAAGAAAGGCAUGAAUGGGGGUGGGUUGAAGUCAACUUUAAAAGACGAAAAGCUGUGUGAUUGAGAAUUUUUAAAUGGACAUGCAGAAAUAUAAAUACAUAAUUGAGGUCAGGUGAAUUAGGGUGAUACAAUGUAAGUGGUGGGCUAGAGCUGUGGAUGAGUUUGUCUUAAUAUAAGGUGGCAUCUAGUAGUCAAUUUCAUACUGACUUCUGGUAGUCCUGUGUCAAAUUGCAUAUCCCUGCAGAUCACCUCUGGAUUUCAGCAAUAUUAGACUAAGUUUACAAGAUUUAAAAAAAAAAUCUCUGUAGAACACUGCUUUAUUAAAGCUGUUACCAACUGUAUGAAGAAAAUUUGGUACAUUACUAAAUAUUUGGUUAAAGGGUUGGAAAAGCCAAAUGUGGAUUCCCUGUAUAAAAACAGAUGCUCACAUUCCACACACUGAUGCAGAUGAAUGGCUUUUGUGUUGCCUUACAUUGCCUUUCCAUUGUACCACCUGCCUUCCACCCUCAGCUCCUGUCCCAAAUGUGAAGGCCUGUGAAGCAGUAACAUAACUUACAAAGAUCUUGUUACAAGUAUUGAAGUCAUGUGCUUUUCUCAGAAUGGAAGGUUGGAUGGUUUUAAUAGACAUCAGUAGCCUCAGUAGUUUUCUGUUCUGUUAGAUGUUCGAUUUAAAUAAGAAUUCAUGCAUUCCUUUCCCAUUGUCCAAUUGUUUAAGGUACAUGUGGCCAGAGUUAGUGCAAUUGAUUUUUAAAUUGAAAUGAUAAAUGCUAAAUGUUUAAUUCAUUAUAAAUAAUAGGUUAGAGUUAGAAAUUUCAUGAAGCAGCAGCAAUAGUGACAUGGCAUGAAACAUUCAUAGCAGCAAACUUGACCAAGUUGAUACAAUAGGGUUGAUAUUCGAGCUUAUGAGUACAAGCUGAUGUAAUUUGUUGAUUGUUCCAUUGUUUUCAGUGUCUGGGUCAUAAAUUUUCCAUAUAUUUUGUGAUAAUCAACAAAACUCUCAUUUUUACUUCUCAGUGAUGCAAGAGCCUUGAAGUUAUUGGAAUCCCAGUACACUGCUGGAAAUGUGGCAAAGUAGGAAUUUUCCCAAACUUUGAUUAUCAAAGUAGGCAGUUGCCAUACUGGGGCACAGAAUUUCACAACUGAAUUCUGCAGGAUAGAAAGCAUCAAUUCAUUAAGUGCAGCAAUAUUGUAUAUAAUGUGGAAAGUAGACAUGAAGAUUAUCAGAUAAAUCAUAAUCUCACUGCAUGGCAGAGCGGACUUGAUGGGAUGAAUUGCCGACCUCUAAUCCUGUUUUGUUCUUCUUACUCACAACAGGGAUAUAUCAUGUUAUACACCAUUCUUUAAAAUUCUUCAUUAAAGUUAUUUUAAAAUCAAUUCACAGAAUGUUGGUGUCAUUAGCUUAGUGAACAUUUAUUGCCAAUUGCCCUUGUGGAGGUGGUGAUGAACUACCCUCUUGAACUUCUGCAGUCAAUGGGUGUUGGGUCAUCCAUAAUGCAGUUAAGGAAGGAGUUUCAGAAUUUUGUCCCAGUAAUACUGAUGGAACAGUGAUUAUUUCCAAAUCAUGAUAGUGUGACUUGGAGAUAAAUUUGCAGUUUAUGUAUCUGCUGCCCUUGUCUUUCUAGUUGACAGAGAUCACUGGUAUGGAAGGUGGUGUCCGAGAGAACAUUGAGUUGUUGCUGUGAAUAUUAUAAAUGGUUUACACUGCUCCUACCGCAUUUAGUGGAGGGAGUGAAUGUUGACUGUGUUGGAUGGUGCAUCAGUCAUGCAGGCUGCUUUGUCUUAGGUUGCUCUAAAUUUCUUGUGUUGAUAUUGCACUUAUUGAGACAAAUAGAGAGUAUUCCCUGACGCUGCUGAUAGCCGGGUUUUGAGUUGACGCAGAAGUCCCAGCUUCUGACAGUUUUUGUGUAGCCACAGUAUUUAUAUGGUUGGUCUACUUCGGUUUUUGGUCAAUGGUCAUGAUAGUAACGGUGGAGAAUUCAAUGAUCGUUUUGCCAUUGAAUGUCAAGGGGGAAGGGGCAGAUCUUUUUGUUUGAGCUAGUCACUGCUUGCCACUUGUCAUGUCAUGUGAAUAUUACUUGGUGUUUAUUAGCCCAAGCCGAGAUGUUGUCCAAUUUUGGUGCAACAGACAUGGAUUACUUUGUAAUCUGCGAAGUUGUGAAUGAAUAAUGUUCAACACCAAUCACCAGCAAACAUUCCUCUUUGCUGCUGGGAAAAUUGUUGAAAUAGCUAGAAAAGGUCAGGCUGAGGAUAGAUAGUACGUUGAGACACUCCUACAGUGAUGUGCUGUGGCUGAGACGACUAACCUCCAACAACCAAACCAUUUUCCUGGUGCUAUGUCUGACUCCAACCAGCAGAAGUGUUCUCCCCUCAAAAAUAAAAACAAAUUUUUGAGAAAAACUCAGCUGGUCUGGCAGCAACUGUGGAGAGAAAGCAGAGUUAACAUCUUGGGUCCUUUAUUGUUUUGUCUUGAGUGUUAUUCACGUAAUUUUCCAAUGCCAGCAUUUUGCCAGGAAUCUGUGACACCACACUGGGUUAAGUGCAAGGAUGAGCCAUCCUUACUUCCCUGAAUUUACCUCACUUGUUUGUGUAUUUUGAUAAGGCUGUAAUGAGGUCACGAGGUGAGUGGCUCAGGCAGAACCCAAAUUAAGUCUCAGUGAGCAGAUUAUUUUUGAGCACUACUCACUAGCAGUAUCGCUGGUAUUUUACUUCAGUUUUACUCUCAUUUACAAAGUUAUUAACAAGGUUGGACUUUUUUUCUUUGCAGUUAGAUCUUGUUUCAGCACUUUUGGUGUGGGGAGUUUCUGAAGCAGAAUGCAAGUGCCAGAAUGUUGCCAUGGCUCUCGAUACUGCAAGCGUGUGAGCCUUCAGUCAUUUACUCUAUGCAAUAUCAGGAAAUCAAAUUGACUGGAGAUAUGUCAGGCUUGGUUAUUGCACUGAUGUGCCAGGUCCCUAUCACUGACCAUGGGAAUAUUUCUGAAACCACCUUCUGUUCAGUUCUUUUGACUUAUCUGCCACUAUUCACGGAUGUGGAUGGACUCCCACAUUUAAUGGUCCUACCAUGAACAGAUCAGAUUUAUCUCAAUUGCUAUUUAAAACAUAGAACAGUACAGCACAGAACAGGCCUUUUGGCCCUAGAUGUUGCGCCAACCUGUGAACUAAUCUAAGCCCCUCCCCUACACUAUCCCAUCAUUAUCCAUAUGCUUAUCCAAGGACUGUUUAAAUGCUCUAAUGUGGCUGAGUUUAACUACAUUGGCAGGCAUGGUGUUCCACGCCCUUACCACUCUGAGUAAAGAACCUGCCUCUGACAUCUGUCUUAAAUCUAUCACCCCUCACUUUGUAGCUAUGCCCCCUUGUACAAGCUGAAGUCAUCAUCCUCGGAAAAAGACUCUCACUGUCCACCCCAUCUAAUCCUCUGAUCAUCUUGUUUGUCUCUAUUAAAACCCCUCUUAGCCUCUUUCUCUCCAAUGAGAACAGACCCAAGUCCCUCAGCCUUUCUUCAUAGGGCCUGCGCUCCAGGUCAGGCAACAUCCUGGUAAAAUUUGGUAGAUUCUGAUAGAUUUGCAGCAUAUGGUAUGCAAGUAGUUCUGUGUUGUAAUGUUACCAAGUUGACACCUCAUUUGUCAGCAUGCUUGAUGCUCCUGCAUGCCAACCUAUAGUCAUCAUUGAACCAGGGGUGAUCUGGCUUGAUGGAAAUGUUAGAAUGGUUGCUGGUUGAAGUCCUGCAUAAUACGCAAGAUAGUUGUGGUUGUUAAAGGUUCAUCAUCUCAGCUGUAGGAGUUCUUCAGAGGAGUCAAAUUCAUCAAUAAUUUUCCCUUCAGUGUAAGGUCAGAACUGCUGCUGUUUGCUAAUGACUGACUCCACUUCUAAUUGCAACAAGACCUCCAUAUCCAGGGUAGGCUGAAAAGUAGCAUAUAACAUUCAUGUCACAACAAUGCCAGCCAACAACUAACGCCAGUAAGAAAUAUAAUCAUUGAAGGGGUCCCUAUCACUUAGCAAUGGCCUUACCAUGACUGAAUCCUCCACUAUCAACAUCUACUGACUGUAACAGCAGAUCCAAGAUGAGGAAUACUUCAAAGUGACUCACCUCCUGUUUCACUAUAAACAAAGCAAAAAGUCCAGAAAGGUAAUGGAAUACCAUUUGUCUGGUUGAGUGUAUCUUCAACGACUUUUUUGAUCUUGACACCAUUCACGAUGAAGCAGUCUGCUUGAUUAACAUCACAUUCAAGAACAUGCAAUCACUCCAUACCCGCAGUGUGUACUCUCUACAAGAUUAUAUGGCAGAAAUUUGCCAAAAAUCCAGACAUACCUUCAAACCUCCAACUGCUACCAUCCAGCAAGAUGAGGGCAAUAGAUAUGUAGGAACGCUAUAUCACCUGCAAGUUGCCCUCCACACUACUCUCCAACCUGACUUGGAAAUACCUCCCUGUUCUUUGUCACUAGCUUAAAAAUCCUAUAGAUAAAACUGUUAAGCCAUGUUUUAGCUCUGGGAUCUAAUUUGUCCUACAUCACCAUUAGCUGGGAACAUCUUUUUUGCCCAUCACUAGCUGGCCUUGAAGGUGGUGGUGAACUGUAGUCUUGAUGCUGUAAUCUGCAUGCUGUAGAUAGACCAACACUGUCAUUAGAAAGGUAAUUCAAGAAUUUUUGACCCAGCAACAAUGAUGGAAUGGCACUAUACUUCCAAGUCCAGAUGAUGAAAGGCCUGCAGGGGAACUUGCAGGUGGCAGAUGUUGAUAGUUGUUGAUUCUGUGAUGGUAACACUACUAAAUGUCAAGGGGCAGUGAUUAAUUGUCUAAAGUUUCAGUAGAUUUGUAGCUUGGGUUGUGUAUGUUGUGGUAGGUUGAUGUGCUUAGCUGGUUCGUUGUUCCAUAGAUGCUUCAUUACCCUGCUGGAUAACACCAUCAGCACAGCCUCCGAAAGAACCGAUGUUUUCCCGCCUGGUAUUUAAACUUUGGCGUCCGGUGAGCUGGAUCACCUCCCUUCCAGUUUUCUUUUGCAAUGAAGUGUAAAUGGGGUCUAGCUCUUUGUUGAUGGCUUUCUUCAUGGAGUACUAGGCUUCUUGGAACUCCUAUGUGUGUCUCUGCUUUGCUUGCCCCAGAAUCCUGAUUGUUGUCCCAAUCAAAUUGGUGGCUCUUCUUAUCCAUGUGGAUAAAAUGAGGGAUAUUGGUUGUGUCUUUUUGUAGCCAAUUGAUGUUAGCAUACCCUUAUUUUUAACUUCCUUCCUGUUGUCCAAUAUACUGUUUGUCACAGUCUCUGCAGGGAAUCUUGUAUAUGACAUUGGUCCUGUUCAUUGUGGGUAGAGGGUCUUUAGUUCAGGUGAGCAGUUGUAGGGUUGAUAAUGGUUUGUGCACUAUUCUGAUGUCCAGUAGUUGUAGGGGUCUUGUGGUUAGUUCACGUGUUCCUGAUAUAAGGUAGUGUGAUGAAUGUCGCAGGGCAUGUAGUAUCUUCCUGGUCUUGUUCAUUUAAUAGGCAUUUUGUGACCCCAGUUUUUAGAAUAUCCAUUGUCCUUGAACACGUGGAAGAGAUAUUCUGUGCUAAUGGUAACGCUGGACAUAAGAUCCUAGAAUAAAACCUGACUUAAUUGAUCAUACAGUUACAAAAUAAGGGUGAACAUUUAUUUGACAUUGUGAUGCAAAGAAUUUCUUCGUUAGAAGAGAGUAAAUGUCUGGAAUUCUUUAAUUGAGAGUUGUUAAAGCUAGAUGCCAAAGUAUUUAAGUAAGAGGUAGAUUUUGCAGUUUUGAGAAAUUAAAGGCUAUGCUGGACUGGCACAAAAAGAGAGGCAAAUGAGCCAUGAAGUUCUAUUAUGGAGGAAAAUCUGGAGGAGCUAAGUGGCCUAUUUUUGUUCUGGUUUUUUUCUGUUCUCUUAAAAUACAUAGCAGAACCAGGGGGAAAAUAACUUCAUCUAUGAAGACAGAUCAAAGCAAAGAUUAGAUUUUUCCAGUAUUCUCAGAAGCAGGCUUGGAACAAUUAUCUGAUCCCAAGAGCUCCUUUCCACCUUGCAAAUUCCACCUGGUUCCUUGUUACCGUUUCAUUUAAUCUAGAAUGACAGGACAAAUAACAAAGAAAUAAAGAAAAUUCAAACCUGAGGCAGAACUAUAUCUUAUACAUAACUAUAACUACUUAAAUCAACCAGUAUUGAGUGAUUUCAAACUUGCUGGAGUAUCCCACAACUCUUAUCUGUCACAGGUGAUAUGUUGGAAUGAAACAGCAACAGGUGUAAGCAGAUGAGUAAUUGAUUAGUUCAGGUAAAAAGAAAACAAGCCAGGAGAUCCGUGCUCAAUAAUGGCCACCUUUAUUGCUUCUCAGCGAACAAGACCUAGACUCAGCUCAUCGAACAUUUUCAGGAAGGAAAUAAAAUAUCUAAAUCAGGACUAGAGUUUGCAGUUCAAUCUGCUUGAUGCAAGAUGUAUUUUAGUUCUAUUUAAACCCCAGAGGUUAUUUGUGGUGAAUAUCUAGAGUCCGCAACCAUCCCUGAAGGGUCUAGGCCCGAAACAUCAGCUUUUGUGCUCCUAAGAUGCUGCUUGGCCUGCUGUGUUCAUCCAACUCUAGACUUUGUUAUCUCAGAUUCUCCAGCAGCUGCAGUUCCUCUUGCCCCUAGUUGAAAACCCAUUUUGGAAUACAGCACAUGCAUCUCCUUCCAUGCUAUCCAUUUCUUCUUGGCCUUUAACACAGCUUUCUAUACAGUUUCUCUGUCCUGUAGUCUAGUUUUCUUUUGAAGACACACUCAAUUAAAGGCCUUAAAAUUAUUUUGAAUCGCACUGUUUUCUAACAAAGAAAUACUGCCUUAGAUUAAAUAAUGCACAAAGAUGCAUAGCAUGAACCUGUAGAAAUUUGACACCUGGAACUGCCUCAGAAGUUAAAAAUCCAAUAGUCAAACCUUCUACACCUCAAGAUUCUUUGUGGAAAGUCUCAGACUUAGAGGAGUGACUCGGGCAAGUGCUAGAAAUGGACAGUAGUAUCAUCAGGAGAACGUACAAAAGGAGCAACAAUCCAAUGAUUGCGGUUUCUGCUCAUAAGAAUGCAGGUUUUUAUUUCAUUGUCACACUCAUUAAUUACCUUGUAUUAAUUACCAAGUUUUGGAUUUGCCAAUAAGAGAAAAAAGUGAACAGAUGAUGACAUGAAAGGGAAUUUAAUGCAAAAGUAACGAAGUUAACGCAGGGCAUUGGUGCAGUGCUAUGUAGAUUAUUGGUUUCCUUAAGCAGGAUGUCAAAGUGUUGGAAGUAGUUCAGGGAGCGUUGACUGGACAAAUACCUGGAAUGGACAGAUUAGCUCGGAAAGAUUGGACCAACUACGUUUGUAUCCACAUCUAUUUAGAAAAGCAACAGAUGAUUGACCCUGACAGGGCUUCACCGGGUGGAAAGGAUGUUUCCUCUUGGAGAAGAAUCUGGAAGUAGGAAAUUGAAGAACUAAGUUUAAAAAUAAAGGGUUACCUAUUUAUGACAGAGCUAAGGAGAAAUUAUUCCUAAGAGAGUUGUGCCUUUGGAACAUCCUUAAAAGGCAGUGGAAGCAGAUUCUUUGUUUCUUUUUAAGAUGGUACUAGAUUCUGGAUAAGCAAGGGGCAACAGACUAUUGAAAGUGAGCGAUAAUGUGGAAUAAUCAGAUCAGUCAUGAUCUUACUGAAUGAUGGACGAGGUUUAAAGGGCCUAAUGGCCUACUCCUCAGCCAAUUAUUUUGGCUUAAAUUGGAAAAUAGCAAAUGGGACACUCGGGGUGAAAACAAAGAACUUUAGGAAGCUACAAACCAGUUAGCUUAACAUCUAUUGUGGGAAAUGAUGUUUAUUCCAAGGACUAAGGAUGUUUUCCUACAGUUGUAAGGUGUUGUUAAGGCCAUAUCUGGAGUACUGUGUAUAAUCUGGUCUCCAUAUUUAAGGGAACUUAUAAAUUUGUUAGAAACAACUCAGAGUUUGUUCACUUGACUGAGGCUUAGUUUGGGUGGAGAAGGUUUGUAAAAGGACAUGUUGGGCCCAUAUCCAUUAAAGUUACAAUAUUGAGGUGGCAUCUUAUUGAAACAAAAUCCUGAGGGGACUUGACCGCGUAGCUGCUGAAAGGAUGUUCCUCCUUUGAAGUAGUUAAAAAUAAGUAGUUUCCAAUUUAAGCUGAAGAUGAGGAUUUUUCUCGUGUAAGUCAUGUGUUUGAAACAUUAUUCUAAAGAGAGCAGUGCAGGCAGUUAUUGAAUACUUUAAGGCAUAGGGAGAUUGACUUGAUUAAGGUGUCAAUCAUGAAUAUUACAGAUUUUGCGCAGAAAGCUAGGGAGACCAAAUAGCCUUCUGUUCUAAGUCUGUAUAUACGCAUAUACAUAAAUAAUUGGAAACACUCACUCCACAGCUCCCUUUUCUAACCAAUUUAUUUCUGCAAUUCAGCAGGUCUCUUGUAAGUUCUCCCCUUAUUGAAAGAAAAUGGUUUUCAAGGUUCAGCAUUUUCAAAUAUUUCUAAUCUCAGUUUUGACAGCAUGUUUGCAAAUCUUUUCAUACUUUCAACAGUCCUUUGACAUUCUUUUAAUAAAAUGAAAAACAAAACUACAGAAAGUGCACCUGACCACAAUGAAGUUUGGGAUUAACAAGUUUAGGUUAAGUUUUUGCUCCUUUUGAAAUCUAAACUUUUAGAAAAGAAUUUUCUUUAAAAUCUUUUUAAAACAAUUAUUGGUUGACCUGCAUGCUGUUGUUAAUAAUUUGAACUGUUGUACCAUUGGAUCCCUUUUGUGCUAUGCAGUUUUGUAUUUUGUAAGGUACAAGUGACUAUUUUAUAGUUUUCCCUACAACUGUGUAUCAAAGUACAUUUACCCAUGCUGGAAUUCAUUUGUUGUGUAGCUAGGAGUUUUUGGACCCAAGAUUAUUCUUUUAGUUUAUCACAUUAUACCAUAUUUUAACCUUUCCAACAUUUGUUUGAAUUCAUUGUUUUUAAAAAAAGCCAGUUUGAGGAAUAUCACUAGACUAAUCCAGAGACCCAGGUAAUGUUCUGGGGGCCUGGGUUCAAAUCCCAACACAGCAGAUAAUAGAAUCUCAAUUCAAUAAAACAAUCUAUAAUUAACAGUCUAAUAAUGACCAUGCAAACUUUGUUUGGGAAAAACCCAUCAGGUUCACUAAUAUCCUUGAGGGAAGGAAACUCUCAUGUUUACCUGAUCUGAUGUAUAAGUGAGUCCACACCCCAGCAAUGUGGCUUAACUCUCAACUGCUCCCUGGGCAACUAAUAUAUGCUGACCUAGCCCACAAUGCCCAGGUCCCACGAAUGUCUAUAAAAAAAAUUACACAGAUUCAAUAAAUGCAUGGGUUAAUGAUAAUUCCUACCAUUAGCUUGUGGACAGACAGUGGACACUUCACAGAUCACAACUUGCAUCCCUUCAACCUAUACUAAGAAAUCGGUGCUGCUAUAUCAUAUAAAAUAAGAUCAUAAGACUGUAAGAAAUAGGAACAGAAGUAGGCCAUUUGGCUCCCUGAGCCUGCUCCACCACUCAACAGGAUUACGGCUGACCCGACACUCAUCAUGGCCACUUUCCAGUCCUUUGCCUGUCAACUUGUAAUCAAAAGUCUAUCUAUCUCAGCCUUAAAAUGUACUGUGUCCUCACAACUCUUCCGUGGCAAAGAAUUCCAAGGACUGUCAAAUUCCUCUUUAUCUCAGUCUUAAAUUGGCACUCCCUUAUUCUGAGACUAUGCCCACUGGUCUGAGAUUCUCCCAUGAGGAGAAACAUCAUCUCAGUAUUUACCUGCCAAGCCCCUUAAUAAUCCUUUGUUUCAAUGAAUAGUCCCAAUCUGUUUAGUCUUUGCUCAUUAACAAACAGUCCUUAUCAGGGAUCACCAAUAGAAGAUUCCAAAUGAAGAACAGCAAACAUUCUGAUUGAUAAGAAUCGCAGGUAAAAAGCACAAUUUAUGAAACACUUACUGUGAGCAUGAUGUUUAAAAUAGCUAAACCUCUUAUUAAAUGGUAGCAGUGUUAUGAGCCCGAUUCACAACUGGGAUAUCGCAGUUCACCUGACACUGGAUUGCUGAAGUUGAGGUGAAUCAUUCAUUGCAGGAACCUCAGAUUUUCUUCUGUAUCUUGCUCUGCACAGACUUGCAGCAUUACUAUUUACAUCUAUUAAAGUAGAUGGCACCAUGCACGUGAACACAAAUGCACUACUGCACAACCUCAAGAUACGCACGAUAUAGAAUACAGUAGAAGAAAAAAAAAUCAAAUAAUACACCAGCACAUUUCCUAUAUAGAAUGUAGGUCAUACAGCAGUCACUAUACAGUUUAUUCUUAGGGGAACAGCAAAUAUUUCUGUACAAUACUUAAUCUCUCCCAUCUCUCGACCCAGGCAUUUUCCUGGCUUUCUAAUUGCAAGGUAUUUGCAAAAACAUCCCAAGUACAUAUCAAAUAUUACAGUAAUUUGUGCUCACAGAUGCACAGAACAUUGAUACAGACUUAAGCAAACAUAAUUGUUUAGAGGUAUGUGUAUCACAAACUGCUUUAAGAACUCUGUUGGCAAGUUCUGAGGUAAGCAACACUUAAUCUAGAAUGUCAUGUGUAUCAUUCUGCCCAAAAUACAUUUGAAUUGUCUGAUAAUCUUUAAACUUAAUAGAAAUAGCAAUAUUGCAUAAUUAAGAACUUUACCCUAUUUCAAGGCUAUUAUAUCUCCCUGUGAAGUACUAGUUGCAAGGUAGAGUUGAAGUCUAAAAUGGUAACAAAAUCAUUGCUUUGUAAAAUGUUAAAAAGUUUCUAUGGAUGAAUGAUACAAACCACAUUCUAUAGCACAAGUACCUAGUAAAGAAGAUUCCUCCGAGCAAUAAUCAACUAGUGUUUUUGAGACAGACACCAGCUGACAAUCUAAUCCAAACUUGUACAAGUGGGCAUGUAGAAUAUAUACACCAUUGCAUUUGCCCUUUUUCCCUCUCUGCUUGGAGUAUGGGGACAGAUUUUUCAUUUUUGACAUCAGAAUUUUCUUGUUCUGAGUCUCUGCAAUUCAUGUUUUUAAUAGUAAGCACUUCAUAUAUGCAUAAACCAUUAAUUCACAGUGAGUUCCUGAUUUGAAAACCAUUUUUUUAAAGCUGCAAUAUAUUCUUGGAAAUAAAAGAAAAAAAAAAUCAAUAUAACAUUAAGGGGAAGGAAAUGUCCUACAAAUAAUGUUGCAUUUACCUGAUAGAAAUAACAUUUUUCAAGUGAUUUCUCAUCCAUAUUGUUAAUAAAAUUGGUUAGAUUGAAAACCUGUGAACAAUAAUAUUAAAAUAGAAUUUUCUAAAUUUGCAUAGCCUUAGCAUAUGUUUUAUAAUCUGAGGUACCUGAAGUUCAUUAUUGUUACACAGUGUUAACUGCUCGUGGUCCAACAAUUGAAGCAAACUUUCAGGAGAGGACACUGGCACUAAAAAUCUGGGACUGAGGUCAAAGAAUCUCCCCAAAAUUUAAAAUUUUAGGGAUGUUUAGCCCAAGAUCCAAAUGUGUGCUUAAUAAUAGCUUUUAACGGGUUUUGAGGAUUUUAAGAAAUUACAAGUUGUUUUAGUGAUAUACUGCAGCUUUAACUAAAUACUUUGUCAGCUGUUUACAAUAGAUGAUUGCUGAAAUCAAAAUCAGUUGUAACUAUACAAACAGUUUAUUAUGUUGUCAGUCUUUAAUUUGAUCAGUAAUCCUAUUGCAAAGUAUAAAACUGCAGAAAUGCAGUAAACACUUUAGUGUCAUAUCUAAAACAUUUGGCACCUAAUCACUACACUCACAAUCAAUUAAUGUAGUUUUACGGUAUGAUAUUCUACAUUGAGCAGUUUUGUACUGAAGCAUUUAGCUAUGCUGCAACAAUGCAACGCAUGGUUAACACUUAAGGAUAACCAAUCCCAGGCCCUGAAAAGUAAAUUGAGCAGCAGUUGCAGCGGUUAGUUUUGACUUUUGUUUGUUUUGCUAUAUCAUAUAAAACUAUAGUAAUUGUUUAGGAACAGAAGUCAGUACCAGUGACUUUUAUGUGUAUCUAUUGCAUAUAUUAAUAUAUAUUUUUUUUUAUAAAAGUUCCUCUGUUGCCCUGCAAGUUCUUUUUAAACUUACUGAAAUGGCACUGAAAUUAGUGUAGAACUGUCACCACAACUCCAAACAGAGAGGGAUUAGGGUAACAAAUUCCUGAGGUUAUGUUGGUACAGUGACACAGUAGACUAAUGACUGCACUUUUAACAGGUAUGCAAAAAUUACUGUACAUGUAUAAUGAAAGGAAAACAAAGGAUAUAUUACUUUACAAAAUAAAAGCAUUCAAUUUUAAAAACACCUCCAGUGUUAAUUAUAUCUUGCAAGUUUAAAAACAGAAAAGCAUGCUUACAUCUGAAUCCUCUAUAAACACAGCAAAUCUAAAAUAAGGAAGUGCUUUGAAAGCCAAUUUUGGGGCAAAAGAUAUUUCCAAAGCUUCACGUAGCAAAGGAGCUAUUAAAAGCAGACAUCUGCAUGGUUAAAAAUUAUUACAUGGAGCUUGCACAAGGAAAAAAAAGGCAGAAACACUUUUUGAAUGGCCUUCUCCCAUUGGCAUAGAAAGGUAUAGUUUACAUUUGUUUUUAAAAUGCAGUGAUAAAAUACAUAAAAUUACAUUUAAGGUCAACUGUCAAUUCAAAUCUGUUAGUGUUAUCAAACUUAAAAGUACCAAUAUAGUUUAUCAAAUAUGGAAACUGAGGUAUACCUUGUUGAGGGAGGUUUAUGGUUAUAAUGUAAUGCUUGAAGCUUCUUUGCUAUGUUCCAAAAAACCUUGAUUUGUUGAUACAUAUAACAGCAGCACAAUGAACAUUCACAAGCUAUGUCAUAUUGGCAUUACAACAGUUCUUCUGUGAACGCAAAUAGCAAAUGCAAUAAAAAUGAACUGCCCUUCUUACUGUUAUUAAAAAUUAACAGUAGUUCAUCUGAGGAAUGGCGACAUCCUCACAAUAAACCAGUUAUCUGGUGCACUUGGAUUUUUUAGCCACGCUCAUGCUGUCAAACUUGAGACCCACACUCUGUGAUGACUUAUUCUCAAACAUUCAUCUGAU